AUGGAUGAUCUCGAAUCCCUCGAGCUCUUCUCGCUGGUCUCGCGAGUGACCACCGAACUCCAGAACCAUCUCGGCAUCAACGACAAAACACUCGCGGAGUUUGUGAUCGAUCAGCACCUCAAAUCCAAGUCGUUCGCGGACUUCAAGAAUGAUCUCGAUGCGCUCGGGGCGGAGUUUCCGCCUAGUUUGAUUGAAUCAAUUGAUCGAAUGGUGGUCACGAUGCAUCCUAAAUAUAAGUCAAAGAGAGGAAUUGAUUCUGGUACCAAUGGCGCCGACGAUGAUAUGGAAGCUUUGAAUGCUGUUGGGAAAAAAGCGAGGAUAUUCAAGGGACUUGCGAUACCUGAUAAAGUUCAGACUUGGGAUGAUGAUGAACCGGCAACUACCAAAAAUGUUACGGAGGACGAUGCGCGAACGGGUGCUAUGGAUGAUACAUUUGCGAUGCUGGAAGGUCUUGCUGGCAAGUCGAGAGAGGACCGUCACGAGCCGUCACAAGCUGCAAAACCAAGCAGGAAACGCAGCCGAAGUCCAGAUUAUGGAGACUACGACUCUACGAGCUAUCGACGAAAUAGAGAUAGGCGCAGGUCCACCUCUCGGUCUCCUAGCCCCGAAUAUCGAGAAAAACAUAAGAAUGGCGUGGAUAGAGACCGAUACGAUAGAAAGGAAAGACGAAACGGUCACCGAGAUAAACAUGAACGCCGGUCAAGACGGGAUCAGGAUGAUGAUGACUAUUUCCGUCGACCACCAACUCCGGAAAUCGACGAUCAACCCGUCCUUUACAAAACCUACGAUGGUCGCGUGACUGGUGUCAAAGACUUCGGCGCCUUUGUGAAUUUACAGGGUGUUCGAGGGAAGGUUGAUGGACUCGUGCAUGUUUCGGCCAUGCAAGAAGGAGCCCGAGUCAAUCAUCCUUCUGACCUCGUCUCGCGCGGUCAAUUAGUGAAGGUCAAGGUUGUCAGCAUACAGGGUACUAGGAUCGGACUUUCGAUGAAAGAGGUUGAUCAGGUCACAGGCCGAGACUUGAUUCCUGAAAAGCGGCUUGCUUCCGGUGCUAAUAUGGAGAGACUGGCUGGGACUGAUGCCAAGGACCGCUAUGGCAAUCUUGAUUCCGAUGUUCCUGUUGUCGAAGGAGACUUCGGCAAGAAGUUCAAAAAUAAAAAGAGGCUUACAUCGCCGGAACGAUGGGAGAUUAAGCAGCUUAUUGCCUCCGGAGCUGCGUCGGCAGCUGACUAUCCUGAUAUUGAUGAAGAGUAUCAUGCAACUUUAGCCGGCGAAGGCGAAUUUGAACAAGAAGAAGAUAUUGAUAUCGAAGUUCGUGACGAGGAACCGCCUUUCCUUGCCGGUACUACUAAAAAAUCCCUUGAACUCUCACCAAUCCGCGUUGUUAAGGCACCCGAUGGAUCAUUGAAUCGUGCUGCUAUGGCCGGUACCAGCCUGAUAAAAGAACGUCGAGAAUUGAAGCAGCAAGAAGCGGCAGAGAAGGCGGCAGAGCAGGCAAAUGAUAUCGAUCUGUCAGCUCAAUGGCUGGAUCCAAUGGCUGACCCUGAUCAGAGACAGUUCGCCUCAGAUAUUCGCAAAGGUGGUGAUAAACCAGAUGCUGCUAUGCCAGAAUGGAAGGUGGCAACCCAGGGCAGAAAUGUCUCAAUGGGGAAGCGGACAAACCUCAGCAUCAAGGAGCAACGGGAGAGCCUACCAGUCUUCCAAUUUCGACAACAACUACUUGAUGCUGUGCGAGAUAAUCAAUUGUUAAUCGUCGUUGGAGAAACCGGUUCUGGCAAAACAACCCAACUGACUCAGUAUUUGGUCGAGAGUGGAUAUGGCAAUAACGGCAUGGUAGGAUGCACUCAACCGCGACGAGUGGCUGCUAUGUCGGUUGCAAAACGUGUUGCAGAAGAAGUGAAUUGCAAACUGGGUGAAGAGGUCGGUUACACCAUCCGUUUCGAAGACUGCACAAGCCCGAAGACCCGAAUCAAAUACAUGACGGACGGAAUGUUACAAAGGGAGAUUCUGCUUGACCCGGAUGUCAAACGAUACUCUGUCAUCAUUUUGGACGAGGCUCAUGAGCGCACUAUAUCCACGGAUAUUUUGUUUGGGCUGUUGAAAAAGACUUUAAAACGUCGUCCAGACUUGAAACUCAUCGUGACUUCAGCCACACUUGAUGCGGACAAAUUUUCAGAAUACUUCAACGGGUGCCCUAUCUUCUCAAUCCCUGGUCGCACAUUUCCUGUCGAAGUUCUCUAUAGUAGAGAACCAGAAAGCGAUUAUAUGGCUGCGGCCCUCGAUACAGUCAUGCAAAUUCAUCUUACGGAACCCCCUGGUGAUAUCCUAGUUUUCUUGACAGGACAGGAGGAAAUCGACACUAGUUGCGAGGUCCUAUAUGAAAGAAUGAAAGCUCUGGGUCCUAGCGUUCCUGAACUUAUCAUUUUGCCAGUAUAUAGUGCCCUACCUACAGAGAUGCAAAGCAGAAUUUUCGAGCCGGCACCUCCGGGUGGGCGAAAAGUGGUUAUUGCUACCAAUAUUGCCGAGACGUCUAUCACAAUUGAUGGGAUCUAUUACGUUGUUGACCCGGGAUUCUCGAAACAAGUUGCCUAUGACCCGAAAUUAGGUAUGGAUUCUUUGGUUGUUACGCCUAUCUCUCAAGCUCAAGCAAAGCAACGAGCUGGACGAGCGGGAAGAACGGGUCCUGGUAAAUGCUUCAGACUGUAUACUGAGGCAGCGUACGAGUCAGAAAUGCUUCCGACAUCUAUUCCUGAAAUUCAACGUACCAAUCUGGCACACACGAUUCUCAUGCUCAAAGCAAUGGGCAUCAAUGAUUUGUUAACGUUCGAUUUCAUGUCGCCACCACCAGUCGCUACUAUGCUCAGUGCUAUGGAAGAGUUGUACGCAUUGUCGGCUCUUGACGAUGAGGGUCUUUUAACACGUUUGGGCCGGAAAAUGGCGGACUUCCCCAUGGAGCCUAGUCUGGCAAAAGUACUCCUUGCUUCUGCUGAUAUGGGAUGUUCGGAUGAGAUAUUGACCAUUGUUGCAAUGCUUUCUGUCCAAACAGUUUUUUACAGGCCGAAGGAAAAACAACAACAGGCCGACCAGAAGAAAGCCAAGUUCCAUGAUCCUCAUGGUGACCAUCUCACAUUGCUGAAUGUGUACAAUGCUUGGAAGCAAUCUAACUAUAAUAAUGCUUGGUGCUUUGAGAAUUUUAUACAAGCUCGAUCGAUGCGUCGUGCUCAAGAUGUUCGAAAGCAGCUUGUUGGUAUUAUGGAUCGGUAUCGGCAUAAGAUCAUCUCCUGCGGACGUGAUACAAACAGAGUACGACUCGCUCUUUGCACGGGAUUUUUCCGCAACGCUGCCCGCAAAGACCCUCAGGAAGGUUACAAGACGCUUAUCGAAGGUACUCCUGUGUAUCUUCACCCUAAUUCAGCUCUUUUCGGAAAGGCAGCAGAGCAUGUUAUCUACCACACUCUGGUUCUUACGACAAAAGAAUACAUGCAUUGUGUUACCACCAUAGACCCACGAUGGCUGGUGGAAGCAGCACCAACGUUCUUCAAGGUGGCGCCGACGGAUCGCCUCUCGAAACGAAAGAAAGCCGAGCGAAUUCAACCUUUACACAACCGAUUUGCGGGCCAAGACGAUUGGCGUUUAUCAGCACAACGAAGACAGGGCCGCGGAGGUGGUGGAGGAACAUGGGGUUGA